AUGAUCCUGUCUACUCCAUCAGCAGUCAAGGUGGCAGGCCUGGACUCCUGGAUACAUCACACCCAACUCAAGUCCUGGGAAUCAGAGAUUGCUGCUGAGUGUGAGCAACCAUCUGAACGUGCCUGUGAACCCAUAGAAGACUUAAUGUUCUUGGUCAAAAAAAAGGCCAAGCCCUCAGAUGAAGAAGUGCAGCAAAUCACCAUAGGUAGAUGGAACUUGACCACUGUGCCUGAUUUCAUCCUCAUGGGGCUGAUGGACUCUGCAGAGACACAGCUGGUCCUCUCCAUGCUCUUUCUCCUGAUUUACCUGAUCACAGUGCUGGGCAACCUGGGUAUGAUCAUCCUCACUCAGGUGGACCCCAGGCUUCAAACUCCCAUGUACUUUUUCCUCAAACACCUGGCUCUCACUGAUCUUGGUUAUUCCACAGCAGUGGGACCCAAAAUGCUGGUAAAUUUUGUGGCUGAUCAAAAUACAAUCUCCUAUUAUGGUUGUGCUAUACAGAUGGCUUUCUUUACUAUGUUCAUCAUUAGUGAGCUUUUUAUUCUGGCUGCGAUGUCCUAUGACCGCUAUGUGGCCAUUUGUAAUCCUCUUCUCUACACUGUCAUCAUGUCACCAAGGGUAUGUUGGAUACUAGUGGGGAUUCCUUAUCUCUACUCCACAUUUGUCUCUCUUCUCAUUUCUGUGAAGAUUUUCACUUUGUCCUUUUGUGAACACUAUGUCAUUAAUCAUUUUUACUGUGAUUGUAACCCCUUGAAUUCUUUGCUUUGCUCAAGUAUUCAUGAAGUUGAAUAUAUAAUAAUGACAUUUGCAGCUUUUAACUCGAUUUCCUCUCUCCUGAUGGUCCUUGUGUCCUACCUGCUCAUCCUCAUAACAAUUCUCAGGAUGAAGUCUGCAGAGGGCAGACGCAAGGCCUUCUCCACCUGUGGGUCCCACCUUACCAUGGUCACCAUGUUCUAUGGCACGCUGGUAUUUAUGUACGUGCAGCCCAAGUCCAGUCACUCCAGUGACACUGACAAAGUGGCUUCCAUAUUUUAUACCCUGGUCAUCCCCUUGUUGAAUCCUUUGAUCUACAGCUUGAGGAAUAAAGAUGUAAAAUAUGCUCUUCAUAGGACAUGGAAAAAAAUAUGCAAAUGUUUUUCUGUAAAGGCAUGA